AUGGCUCACGAUGGCCUCGAGAAACUUCCCCCCUCGCCAGAUACCCUACACGGCCCGCCCUCGGAGGAAAGACUGACAAGAGAGAAAGAGCAUGAAGGCACUCUUGAGAGCCGGUCCCUCCAUUCUGAUCACUCGGACCAUUCAACUGUCGCCGACCAGCAGGAUGUCGAAAUCGCCCAAGAUGCAUUGGCAAGGACUAUAACUCCCAAACGUCCCCUUGUCAAGGUUCCGCGCUCCGAGAGGCGUGGUUUGUUUGCCCGGAUCUGUGUCAUGGCCGAGGUCACAGAACCCACAGAUUAUAGUGAUAGCGUAAAAUGGUGCAUCACUUUCAUUGUGGCCAUUGCUGCCGCCGCCGCACCGGUGGGCAGCGCCAUUAUAUUGCCAACCCUUGAUGAAGUGGCUAGAUCCCUUCACGCCGAGGCGACUAUCACCAACCUAUCGGUUGCGCUGUAUAUGUUGAGCAUGGCUAUUUUCCCCCUCUGGUGGUCCGCCUUUUCAGAAACGGCCGGGCGCCGCACCGUUUACAUCACCUCAUUUGCCCUGUUCAUCUUGUUCUCUGUCUUGAGCGCCGUUUCUCAUUCGAUCUCCAUGCUUAUCGUUAUGCGACUGUUCGCUGGAGGAGCCUCGGCAUCCGUGCAAGCCGUUGGUGCGGGUACGAUCGCCGACAUCUGGGAAUCACGGGAGAGGGGGAGAGCAAUGGGAAUCUUCUACCUAGGACCCCUUUGCGGCCCGUUACUGGCACCCAUUGUGGGUGGUAUUCUCGGCCAAGUUUGGGACUGGAGGGCAACCCAAUGGGCUCUUGCAAUAUACGGAGUUUUGACGUGGGUGUUGAUCUUCUUCGGUCUGCCCGAGACCCUGAAGGCACCGAAGGACAUGGCAGAAGAGACCGUGGCGGACGCAGCAUCGUCCAUCAACAACGGCAGUCAUCGACCUCCAUUGAGUCGCACUUCGACCAGAGAAGUGAUACAGAACAAGUCGAAGAAGUACUUGAAGGUUGCACGGAUGUUGUUGUUGGACCCACUGAGCGUCAUCCUGUACCUCCGGUUCAUGCCUGUCUUGCUGACGGUGUAUUACUCGGCGGUUACUUUCGGCUCACUCUACGUACUCAACAUCAGCAUCCAGUAUACUUUCGAAAGGAAGCCGUAUGACUAUUCGACCCUCAUCAUCGGCUUGCUCUAUCUGCCCAAUUCGGUUGGGUAUAUCCUUGCCAGUGUACUUGGCGGUCGCUGGAUGGAUUAUAUCAUGAGGCGCGAGGCGAUCAAGGCAAACCGGGUGGAUCAGAACGGAAAAUUAAUCUUUCGACCAGAAGACCGCAUGCGCGAAAACGCGUGGCUGGGUGCAUUAGUCUAUCCUUGUGCGUUGAUCUGGUAUGGUUGGACCGUCGAGAAAGGCGUCAUGUGGGUAGCACCGAUAAUUGCGAAUUUCUUUUACGGCCUGGGGUCCAUGAUCAUCUUUGCCAUGUCAACCACGAUGCUGACCGAGUUCAUGCCACGUCGAUCUUCGUCCGGUGUUGCUCUGAAUAACUUUUGCCGAAAUAUUCUAUCAUGUGUUGGCGCCAUUGUAGGAGCGCCCCUCAUUGCGGCGAUCGGCAAUGGCUGGCUUUUUACCAUCCUGGGCCUUUGGGCACUGUCCAGCGCCUCGGUGAUUUGGGCCAUGAAACGGUACGGCGAAAGCUGGCGAGAAAAGAUGGAUCGGCAGCUAAGAUAA